AUGAACGAUGAGAAAUCAUUAUGGGAAUGUAUCUUGUUUCUUGAUUGGAUGGGUAUUAUUGAAUGGAUUUACGAUCGUCUACCGUUUGAAGUCAAAUCUUCCAUAUGGAUGAUCGUAUUAACAUUACUAUUUGUGGUUACAUUAUGCGGAUGUUGUUGUGUGAUUUGCUUCUGUUCGCCGUGCUGUCUUUUAGCCGUGUGGUACAAAAAGCGGCGAUCGCGUCAAAAUCGUGGAGUCGAGUUUAGCACGUAUCCAUCAGCGCCACCAUUACUUUCAAAAGCGUAG